AUGGCGAAACAACAAAUUUACCACCUUCGCCCUUGCGGGUGGGAAAACGAUCCCGAAGAAGAGAAAUUCAAAGUCUCUACGCUCGACUAUCUCACAGCGCAAGUCUACUGCAACUAUGCCGUUUUCUUCCGGCUAUUAGACGAGGCGAAGCCUCGAGUUGUCGAAAUCCUCAAGGCUGGUCUCGAACGGACCCUCGCCCAAGCACGGCAUAUGAACGGCUCCAUCGAGAAAGAUCCCGAGGGCGGUCACUCUUUUACCAAGAGAAAGGACAGCAUCGUAGCCUUCCAUGUCCAGUGGCUUGACGACCCUUCUGACGCCACGAAAUACCCAUCUUUCGACGACAUCCACCAGGCAAACUACAACGCCGUCACACUUGGCGACCAGAGGCUCUGGAGCGUCCAGCCCAUGACAUACGGCGAAAAGCCUGAAGCCUACCCAGACAACAGCCCCGUAAUCUCGGCUUUCAAAGCAAACUUUGUUCGGGGAGGCCUUGUCUUCAACAUGCACAACCAUCACUACGCCAACGAUGUUAUGGGCUGGGCCGGCUUCACACAUCAACUGGCAGAAAAUUGCUACGCCAUCGUCCACGGCACACCGUUCCCCUCUUGGGAUCCAGCUUGUAACGAUCUGUCCCGCCUCACCAAGCCCGAUCCCCCUGAGGAGCUCAGAGUCAGCGGUCGGCCCCCUCCAGAGCGCCAUCCAGGCCACAAAGGCGGCGUCGAUCUCCUCUAUCAUCUACCCAAGAGUAAGGCAUCGAAGCUAAAGGAGCUCGCCAAGCCCAAGGACGGCACGUGGAUAUCAACGUACGAUGCAUUCGCCGCCUUCCUCUGGCGGCAUACGGUGCGUGUACGGGCUCCAACCUUCAAGACGGACCCAGACUCCAAGAUCUUUUGGUGCGAGCCUGUCGAUAUGCGCCGUCGAAUGCAUUCCCCGCCACUGCCAGCUCGCAUCCAGCAGAACGUCAUGUCCGUGGCGGCCACCGCCAGUGCGCCGGUCGAACAGCCAACCGCGAAGGAACUCAUCUCUGAGUGGCCGCUGGAGAGAGUGGCUCGAUAUAUCCGUCAAUUGACUGACAGUGUUACCCAGGAAGGCUUGGACAAGAUGCUCGAGCAGGUUGCGCUGGUGCGCGAGAAGGCGACUAUGAACAUCCGGAUUGAUUCCUUUCCACCAAUGUCAAUUCUACACACGGAUCACCGUGAUGCCAACAUUGUGUCUGCGGAUUUCGGCUUCGGGAAGCCUUCCGGUUACAGGCAUUUGAUGGACCAAGUGACUGAGGGUGUCGUUGUGAUUUAUCCUCCUCGCGACCCUUCUCCGGAGUCAGACGAGGGCCCGGAGUUUGCCAUCUCUUUCGAGAAGGAUCUGGCCCACUUGCUGCUUGGAGAUCCGGAAUUCAAUGAGUAUUUCGAGUAUCGUGGGGUUGAUAUCGAAUAG